GGAAGUGGCCGCCCAGCUUGACUUCCGCUCCCAAAGCAGUCGCUCCCGGGGCUCGCGUUCUGGUUGUUAGGAAACCACCAAGGAGUUUGAGAGCAUGGAGGCCGCGCGCCCUCCCUCGACGGCAGGGAGGUUCGUGGUGGUCGGCGGAGGCAUCGCGGGUGUCACCUGUGCUGAGCAGUUGGCUAUUCAGUUUCCAUCAGAAGAUAUCCUCCUGAUAACAGCUCGCCCUGUUAUUAAAGCGGUUACAAAUUUCAAGCAGGUUUCUAAAGUAUUAGAGGAGUUUGAUGUUGAAGAGCAACCGAAAACCAUGUUAGAAAAUCGCUUUCCCAACGUUAAGGUUAUACAAUCCGAAGUAAAGCAACUGAAAAGUAAAGAACAUUGCAUUUUAACAGGAGAUGGCAGUCAGCAUGUGUAUGAGAAACUCUGUCUGUGUGCUGGAGCUAAACCAAAGUUGAUAUGUGAAGGAAAUCCUUAUGUAUUAGGAAUCCGUGAUACAGACAGUGCUCAGGAAUUUCAGAAACAGCUUACUAAAGCUAAAAGAAUAAUGAUUAUAGGGAAUGGUGGCAUUGCACUUGAACUAGUGUAUGAAAUUGAAGGCUGUGAAGUCAUUUGGGCCAUUAAAGAUAAAGCUAUUGGGAAUACUUUCUUCGAUGCAGGAGCAGCUGAAUUCUUGACUUCAAAGCUCAUUGCUGAAAAACCAGAGGCUAGAAUGGCACAUAAAAGAACCAGAUAUACAACUGAAGGAAGGAAAAAGGAAGCACAAACCAAAUCUGGUGCUGGUAAUUUGGGCAGUGCUUUGGGACCUGAUUGGCAUGAAGGCUUGAAUCUUAAAGGUACAAAAGAGUUUUCUCAUAAGGUCCACAUUGAAACUAUGUGUGAAGUAAAGAAGAUUUACCUUCAAGAAGAAUUUAGAAUUUCUAAGAAAAAGUCCUUACCUUUUCCCAGAGACCGUUGUAAUCAGUCAGUCACAACUGAUAAAGAAGCAUGGCCCGUAUAUGUGGAAUUGACUAAUGAAAAGACAUACGGCUGUGAUUUCAUUGUCAGUGCUACAGGAGUUACACCAAAUACAGAACCUUUUCUCUGUGGCAACAAUUUUGAUCUAGGAGAAGAUGGUGGCCUGAAAGUGGAUGCUCAGAUGCACACGUCUGUCUCUGAUGUCUAUGCUGCGGGUGAUAUCUGUACUGCGUCCUGGCCACCCAGCCCAUUCUGGCAGCAGAUGAGGUUGUGGACCCAGGCCAGACAGAUGGGAUGGUAUGCAGCGAAAUGCAUGGCUGCAGCUAGUUUAGGAGAAUCUAUUGACCUGGACUUCAGCUUUGAACUUUUUGCUCAUGUAACAAAAUUUUUUAACUAUAAGGUUGUGUUGCUGGGAAAAUACAAUGCCCAAGGUUUAGGUUCAGAUCAUGAAUUAAUGCUGAGAUGUACCAAAGGACAAGAAUAUGUCAAAGUUGUCAUGCAGAAUGGGCAAAUGAUGGGAGCUGUCUUAAUUGGUGAAACGGACUUAGAAGAAACGUUUGAACACUUAAUUUUAAAUCAGACGGAUCUUUCAUCAUAUGGAGACCUACUAGAUCCAAAUAUUGAUUUAGAAGAUUAUUUUGAUUAAAAAAGGCAUUUCUAGAACGACAUAAAAUUCCAAAUAGCAAAAGUCACAAUAAGGUAAAUGACUGCACUAAUUUAAUAAUGAUUUCAGGAGGAAGUAUUAAAAUAGAAUAUUGGAAAAAGAUACGUAAAUUAUUUGAUCUUUACAACACAAAACUGACUACUUAUGUAAACGUAGGGAUUUAAUCUUUCUGACUUAGCUUUGGAGCAGAUUUAGCUAGGUUGUUAUCUACUUAGCCAACAACUUGGUCUGGUAUGUCAGAGAGGGAUAUGGUUUCAAGAGGUUUAUAGUUUUACAGAGAGAUAUAGCAAUAUCUUAUUUGCUAAUAUCAUUUGUAUUAAUACUUUGUUUACAUUUCUACAGCUGUUAUGAGCUGAAAUCACUCCUUUUCUGUAAUAGGCCUAUGUCUGAUAACACUGCUAUCAAAAGUUGGUUAUAUUAAAAAAAAAUAAAGAGUUAUGUGAACUUA